AUGAAAUCUGUCAUUCGAGAUGCCCCAUUUGGGCAGCUUGUUCGUCUCUUGACAAACAAUAAAUACUUCCAAUACCCGGAAGAAAAGCCUGACUUCAAGCUUCCCGACACAUGGCUUCAAUUGUUGAACUCUACGGAUGAAAGCAACGAAAAGAAGGUCAUCGAACAAGACUUCAACCGAAGCGAUGAACACAGUGAGCCCCUAAGCCGGACCUCUACGCAAGCAUCCAUGGAAUCCACCGAAGCUCGCCUCGAGGCCGACGAACAACAUGAAAUCGAGAAAGUCAAAUCCAUCCCCAUUGUCCCCAAGAAAACAAAAGACGGUUCCAUUCUCGUCGAUUGGUACUAUACCGAUGAUCCGGAGAACCCACACAACUGGUCCAAUCGCAAGCGCGCUCUCAUGACUAUUUUGAUCUGUCUAUAUACUUUUGUCGUGUAUACCACUUCUGCGAUCUACACCUCCUCAACACAGGGUGUCAUGAAGGAGUUUGGUGUGAGCACCUUGGUUGCUACUUUGGGCUUGUCACUUUAUGUUCUGGGGUAUGGUAUCGGGCCAUUGGUCUUCUCUCCACUGAGUGAAAUUCCCGUGAUUGGACGCAAUCCAGUCUACAUCGUGACGAUGUUCCUCUUCGUGAUAAUCUCCAUCCCAACGGCAUUUGUGGGCAACUUCGCUGGCCUGAUGGUGCUGCGCUUUCUGCAAGGCUUCUUUGGCUCGCCCUGUCUUGCAUCUGGAGGUGCUUCCAUCGGAGACAUGUAUAGCCUAAUGUCACUACCUUAUGCUAUGAUGGCUUGGGUUUCUGCUGCCUAUUGUGGACCCGCUCUCGGCCCUCUCCUCAGCGGCUUCGCCGUCCCCGUCAAAGGCUGGCGCUGGUCCCUCUUCGAAUCAAUCUGGGCCUCCGCCCCAGUCUUCAUCCUGAUGUUCAUGUUCCUCCCAGAAACCAGCAGCGCAACAAUCCUACUCCGACGCGCUGACCGUCUACGCAAAAUCCACAAUACCAACCGCCUCAUGUCGCAGUCCGAGAUCGAUCAGCGCAACAUGCGUGUCUCAGCCGUUGCCAUCGAUGCUCUGAUCAAGCCCAUGGAAAUCACCAUCAAGGAUCCCGCCGUCCUCUUCGUCCAGAUCUACACAGCCAUCAUCUACGGCAUCUACUACUCCUUCUUCGAGGUCUUCCCGCUAGUCUAUCCAACCGACUACAACAUGAACCUCGGGCAGAUUGGUCUCGUUUUCCUGUGUAUCAUGGUUUCAUGCAUUAUCGGUAUUGCCGUCUACGCUAGCUACAUCCAUUUCUGGUUGAACCGUCGCAUCCGUCGCUUCGGCUUCCCCGUGAAUGAGGCUCUUCUUAUCCCUGCACUACCUGCCUCCUUCGGUCCCUUGAUUGGACUUUUCCUCUUUGCCUGGACGGCUCGUGCGUCCAUUCAUUGGAUUGCGCCUACCAUUGGUAUUACGAUCUAUGGUGCCACGGUCUUCAUCGUCAUGCAGUGCAUUUUCAUCUAUAUUCCUCUCACCUAUCCCAAGUACGCGGCUAGCUUGUUCGCUGCGAAUGAUUUCUUCCGCAGUGCGCUUGCGUGUGGCAGUGUGCUGUUUGCGCAUCCGCUGUUUGGGAACUUGGGUGUUGCUCGAGGUGUCAGUCUUCUUGGUGGACUGAGUGUUAUCGGUAUUAUUGGUAUUUGGUUGCUUUACUUCUAUGGUAGCAGGCUUCGUGCUAUGAGCAAAUUUGCUGUCUCGGAGGGGGUGGAAUGA